AUUCAUUUCAGUAGGCUAGCUCCGCCAUAGACUCACUGCUGUAAUGUCAUCGAAACUGGGGCGAGGAGAGUAGAACAGGAAAAGGGGGCGUGAACCACUGCAGCAAUUCACUGCCGCUCCAUUAAAUACCGGCAGUCAUUUCAUUUUUAAGUCGUAUCUGCUUUUCAACUAAAUAUAACCGUUGUCAAAUUAUAGUAUUGUAAGGGAUAGAAGAGCAAGCAUGGCGAAGCGGCAAGACACUAAGAAAUUCUUUGAGAAUCUCUCCGGUUCUGGAAAAUCCAUCGGCGUUCUGACGAGCGGAGGAGAUGCUCAAGGUAUGAAUGCCGCGGUCCGGGCUGUGGUCCGCAUGGGUAUUUAUGUGGGAGCCAAAGUAUAUUUCAUCCAUGAGGGUUACCAGGGUAUGGUAGAUGGUGGAGAGAACAUCGAAGAGGCUUCCUGGGAAAGUGUCUCAAGCAUGCUGCAAGUGGGUGGCACAGUCAUUGGCAGCGCCCGCUGCAAGGAGUUCCGCAGCCACGAGGGCCGUCUGAAGGCUGCCCAUCACCUGGUGCAGCACGGCAUCACCAACCUGUGUGUGAUCGGGGGGGAUGGCAGCCUCACCGGCGCCAACCUUUUCCGAGAGGAGUGGAGCGGCCUACUGGAGGAACUGGUCCAACAGGGUCUGAUUGACCAGGAGGCUGCCCAGAACAACUCAGAGCUGCACAUUGUUGGAAUGGUGGGAUCUAUCGAUAAUGACUUCUGUGGUACUGACAUGACCAUCGGGACAGACUCCGCCCUGCACAGAAUCAUUGAGGUGGUGGACGCCAUCAUGACUACUGCGCAGAGUCACCAGAGGACGUUUGUGCUGGAGGUCAUGGGAAGACAUUGUGGGUACCUUGCUCUAGUAAGUGCUUUGGCUUGUGGGGCUGACUGGGUCCUGAUCCCUGAGAUGCCUCCUGAGGACGGAUGGGAGGAACAGAUGUGUCAAAAACUGUCUGAGAACCGCGCCGGUAAGAAACGGCUCAAUAUCAUUAUCGUAGCGGAGGGGGCCAUAGAUUGCCACAACAAGCCUAUCACUACUGAAUAUAUAAAGGAUCUUGUGGUUCGCUGUCUGGGGUUUGACACCCGGGUUACCAUCCUGGGUCACGUGCAGAGAGGGGGAACCCCGUCUGCCUUUGACAGGAUCCUGGCCAGUCGUAUGGGAGUGGAGGCCGUCCUGGCCCUCCUGGAGGCGUCAGCCACCACCCCGGCCUGCGUUGUGUCUCUGUGUGGGAACCAGGCAGUCCGUCUGCCCCUCAUGGAGUGUGUUCAGAUGACACAAGAUGUCCAGAAAGCCAUGGAUGAGAAGAAUUUUGAAGAAGCUGUGAGACUACGUGGCAGGAGUUUCGAAAACAACCUGAACACCUACAAACUCCUCUCUUUCCGUAAAGCCGACUCGGAGCUCCCACAUGAGGAGAAUGGUUCGCCAUAUAAUAGCUCCUUUAACGUGGCCGUCCUGAACGUGGGAGCCCCCGCGGCGGGCAUGAACGCUGCCGUACGCUCGGCCGUCAGGGUGGGCAUCAGCGAGGGGCACAAGAUGUUUGCCGUUAACGACGGUUUUGAGGGAUUCUACAAGGGACAGAUAAAGGAGAUUAAAUGGGGAGAUGUAGGGGGCUGGACGGGCCAAGGAGGGUCAAUCCUGGGAACGAAGAGAACCCUUCCAGCAAAGUAUCUUGAUAAGAUUGCUGAACAAAUCAGGAUACAUAACAUCAAUGCCUUGCUCGUUAUCGGUGGAUUUGAGGCGUUUGAGUGUCUGCUGCAGCUUUAUGAGGCCCGGACCAGCCAUGAAGACUUUUGCAUCCCGAUGUGUAUGCUGCCUGCCACCAUUAGUAACAAUGUCCCCGGUACCGAUCUGAGUAUUGGUGCUGACACUUCCCUCAAUGCCAUCGUGGAGACGUGUGACCGCAUCAAGCAGUCGGCCAGCGGGACCAAGCGGCGUGUGUUCAUCAUCGAAACCAUGGGGGGGUACUGCGGGUACCUGGCCAGUGUGGGGGGGCUGGCAGCUGGGGCUGACGCCGUCUACAUCUACGAGGAGCCCUUCGACAUCCGGGACCUCCAGUCCAACGUUGAACAUUUGACUGAGAAGAUGAAGACGGGCAUCCAGAGAGGCUUGGUGCUCAGGAAUGAGAACUCAAACGUGAACUUUACCACAGACUUCAUCUACCAGCUUUACUCUGAGGAAGGUAAAGGAGUGUUUGACUGCAGGAAGAACGUCCUUGGCCACAUGCAGCAGGGAGGUGCGCCUUCCCCGUUCGACAGGAACUUUGGAACCAAGAUUUCAGCUAAAGCAAUUCAGUGGAUUUCAAAAAAACUUAAGGAGUCUUACAAAGAAGGGAAGGUGUUCGCUAACACGGAGGACACUGCCUGUUUGCUGGGAAUGCGUCGCAGAGCCCUGGUGUUCCAACCAGUGGUGCAGCUGAAAGAAGAGACAGACUUUGUCCACAGGAUCCCUAAGGAGCAGUGGUGGCUGAAGCUCCGCCCCCUGAUGAAGAUCCUGGCCAAGUACAAGACGAGCUACGACGUUUCCGACUCCGGCCAGCUGGAGCACGUGACCCGGAUCAGGCCCAAGAAGGACUGAGCCCGCUAGUCUCCGGCUGACCAGCACACAGCUAAUCUAGAUAGUCUAGUCGUUGCAGAGCGCUGGGCAGCUCUGGGUUGAUCACUCUGUAACCGUGGUAAUUCUUACCAGCACUAUCCGUCCCGUCUAUAUUCCUUUCCUUUCAGAAGCUGCUUGAGGACUCCGUUCUCCACCGGUCUUUCCUUGGCACAGUGGUGGAGAACUUGGAUGUAGUUUGCCAUCGUGGUCUCAAGGGUCAGUGUUACAUGGUAUAUACUUGAAUCUGUGACCCAACGUUUUCUAUAUGUUAUGUUGCUUUGCGCUAAAAAAGUCCACGUUACAAAUUAAUGACAACAUAUGGUAUGUUACUUGAACUUGUUACAAAUGGAGGCGGAGUUCCACCCCCCCCCCCCCCGGCCUUUACCAAAACACCAUCACAGCCUGUCUGUUUGAAUGUAACAGCGCUCAACACAGCCCCUUGUGGCUGUAGCUAAACAUAACAUCAUAUGAAAUGGAGUGUCGCAGAUUUGUUAUCUGUGCUGUCUAUUCUGAGACCAGUCUGAGUCUGUGCCCAUGGGUGGUUCUUCUCUGCCGUCAGAGCAGACUGUUUCUCACCACCUAUGCCAGAUGAACCCGUGUUGUCGUCGUCACUCCUUUCCCUGCCUACUUGCACUUGUACCAAACCUGGGUUAGUGCUGUACGUCCUUUGUUUUGCUGCUGUAUUUUUGUGGUUUUGUCGAGGAUGCGUUUGAAUUCCAUUAUUAUGCAAUAUAACCUUGUUUUGUUGUGUCGACUCGCAGUGUGAACUGAUUGUUUUGUCUGAGUAAUUAAAUGAUAUUUAUUGUGAUGAGUUAUGACAUUUCUGCACCUCACCUUAUUCUUCAUAUAUCACAGAAUAAAAAUGGAUGCUUGGUGGAA